CACAGUUUCAGCUUCACCGCUGCAUUUUGUGGACUAGACAUACCUGAGCCUGGAGGAGGCUGAUUUUUAUUUAUUUAUUUAUUUAUUUAUUUAUUUAUUGCAUGCCUUAUUUUAUUUUAUUUUAUUUUUUGAGAAAGUGCUUAAAUGACCCGACAAAUUUCUAAUUAUAAACUUCAGUUUCACGCCUUAACAGUUCAUUUCAGGAGCUCUUGAUUGUAUUGUAGAAGAUGUUCCAUUACAGAUGUUUAUUGCUUUUUACAGCCUGCACUUUACUCACAUUUGUCUUCGGUGAGCCCACAGUCUUGAAGACCCUCAUCACCCGCCGGAACGAGUUCAACUCCAAAUCCAGGGAAUCUGCGAAAACCCGAGACGUCCUCAUGGAGAAAAUUCACUCUUUGAAAACUGAAGAAACUGAUGAGAAGGAGGAGAUGAGGGUCAGAACCAGGUUCAGGUCAAACCUUUAUCAGUCCCGGAGCAUGAGUAGUAGACCCAGUCUCACCACAGAGUCCCCAGAUCUUACCUCUUAUCUAAACCUCCUCAGCGGUGUAUACCACCCCUCCCAGCCCGUACUGAUGGACGGCUUCCUUCGGGCUCUGGUUUGUCUGUUAGCUAACGGAACACAGUGUGGGUGGCAGGCGGAUUUAACCGCAGCGCUGGUGUCGAAGUUGAGCGGACCGCUGAUGUCCUUCCUGUCGUCCGUUAAAUCUCAGACAUGUCCAUUAAACACCUUUCAGAGAAGUGGAGAUCCAGCUGGGGCGCAGUCUCAGCUCACGGCCCUUCGUGAGUUGCUGAGUGCCAUCUUGUCUCUACGGCUUUCCGACAACUUUUGGACUGCGUGGAACAGCUUUAUGGACUUGUCCUUGUCUCCUUUGAUGUCAAACUUCUCCUGUUUCAUAGUAGACUUUCUUCAGUCUUUAGUGGAACUGGUAACAAUCGGACUGCAGUUUGGCUUCGAGGCACCUACGCUGAACCAGACUCAACAUUGUCCUCAGGGAGACCUAAAACAACUUCUAAUAUGGGGCAUUAGCCAGAAUCUGAGCUGGUCCUUUGGCGAUCCAGUCCUGAACAUGUUUUUGACUCUCGAUGUUCCUCCAUGCAGCUAUACAGACGUGGAAUGUCAAAGUGCAUAUAAUAUCCAGAGCAGUCGCUCUGUCGCCUCUCCAGUGGACGACCCUAUAACACGACUGACCUGCGAUGAACAGGAUGUCACACACCUCAAUAACACCCUCUGUGCAGAGAUUAUAGGCAGUAGAUCUCAGGUUCCUGAUGCUCUAUAUUAUGUUUGUGAAUCUCUGAGUACCCUGUCCCACUCUGAACUAACUCGGGUAUGGAGAAACACUUGCCACAUGAUCGAGUUUGUCCUAUCACCCCUUUUGGAACCCUGCCCACCCUCACCCUCAGAAUCAAGCCAGAGAGUUGCACGGUCCACACUUAGCCUCAGCCAGCUUUUCUGCAACUACGCGAACUGGACGUCAGAGGACGUCAUCGACCCGGGUCUGGUCACUAUGUGUAGCGACAAUGACCCUGAAGCUUUUCUCAGAGGUGUGUGCAAUAACAUUUCUGUGAUGCAGGCGCUCAUCGAGAACCCGAGCAAUAGCUGGGUAUGGGAGUACUGCGCGAAUGUGUCUGAUAAAUACAUGGUCUGGCAGUAUUGCGUGUACGAGCAAUGGGCUCCUCAAAUGCUUGACCCUUCUAUUGUGGCACUGUGCUGGAAUAAUGAUCAACUGAGAAUGGAGAAGCUUCUGUGUCAGAGUAUGGAUUUUUACAUCAUGAUUUUCUCCAACAAAGAAAAUAUCUGGCUAACACCCAACUGUACUGAGGUACCUACAUCUACGCCGAACGACAUUAACACUCUCGUAUCGGAAAUGUGCCAGUACUCGAAUUGGCGGAACUUAAUGACAAUCUCCACAGAUCAGAUAUCCCUGUGCAUCCAAAAUGAUGAGCCUCGAUUUGUGAGCGAGGUCUGUGCCAACACCUCAUUCCUCGCUGCAUUGGUCCUCAACAAGGACAUUGAUUGGGUGCAACUAUAUUGCACACACUAUUUUAAAAGUUCUCCAACAGUCCCACCUGUAGUCUCCAGCACCACAGUAUCUCCAACAACUCCACUGAUCUCCAUCACAUCAUCAUCAGUCUCUCCAACAAAGACCUCAACAGUGCCCACUCUUUCUAGCACAACCCUUUCUCCAUCACUUGUCCCAACAACCACAUCAACAUUCGCCACUCUUUCUCCAACAGCCCCUCUGACCUUCACAUCAGCAUUCUCUUCCAGUGUUAAUUUCUCUCCAACAACAGUUCCACCAGUGUCCUCCAGCAUUGCUUCCUCUUCAUCAUCCCCCAAUGUCAUUCUUUCAAGCACAUCAACCUUUCCUAUAUGGCUAACACCAUCUCCUUCAACGUCUACAAAUAUCCCAACAGCUUCUAACCUCACGCUUUCUUCAUCCCUCACCAAAUUUCUUGCAACAGUCUCCCCAUCCGUCUCUACCACCACUCUUCUUCCUAUCAUCAGCCCGACUCUCUCUGCUAGUGCACUCUCAACCAUUUCACCAACAGUCUCCCCUACAACCUCGCUAACUACGAGCCCCCCAACUGUCCAUCCUACAAUUCCCAGCAUGUCUGAUUUGUGUAAAUAUUCAGCCUGGGCUGUUUUGCCAGUGCAUCCAUCUGUAAUUGGUCUAUGUUGGAAAUUUGACAUGAUAGCAUUCCAUCUUAAUGUUUGCUGUAACAUGACAUUGUUAGCACGCCUAGCCGUUGACCCGCAGAACCAGUGGUUGAGGUCUGUGUGUUCUGAUAACGACACGUCAGACUUGCUUCCCAAAGUUUGCCUAUACUCGGAAUGGACCAAGCCCGUCAUUGUAGACAUGACCGACCUUGCUCUUUGCGCUGAUCUCGACACGGCAAACUUCGUCCACAAAGUAUGCGCCAACACCACUGUUCUACAGAACCUCCUAGCCAAUUUGGACAACACCUGGUUGCUGGAGCAGUGCUCCAACCUCACCGGUUCUGGCAAAGAGAAUCUGAUGGGCUUCAAGCCCUCUGAGCAAUGUCGGUACACAAACUGGACAGUGACUCUUCCUGGUGCAGCUCUUCUGGCACUGUGCUGGGAUUAUGACCAAGCAAACUUCAUCUCAUCAAUCUGUGUCAAACCUGCUGUGCUGUCUCAUAUCGUUCAACAUCCUUCCAAUCUCUGGGUGAGCGCUUUGUGUGCCACCUGCUCAGACUUCACCAGGAUCGCCCAGUCCAACAACACCAACAGCAGCAGCUCGAGUAAUACGAAUAACACUGAGUUCCACCCUUGUCUGGUGAAAGAGUUGAUCAUCAGACUGAACUGGUCAUGCGGUAUAGACUUGAACGCCAUUUGCCAGCCAGAUAUCCCUCAGCUUCAGGUGUUUCAGGCAUUCCUGCGCUGUGGCGUGGAGGUUCUCUUGCCCCGUAUGGAGAAGAUGAUGACCACAGAGGUGGCUUCGAUGGUCAGACAGGCUACAAGUUUGGGGGUAAUUCUGCUGCUUGUUCUGGAAGAAAAUGGGAUGACGACAUUGAGGGUUACUGAUAACAUUGGACAAAGUGUUCUGGACUCCGUGUCUGCUUUCCUGGAGAAGGAAACGAGCUUCAGCAAGAAGCAAGUGCUCCUGCAGUGCUUUGCGAAAGUCCUCACCAGCCUGAUGCAAACAGGAAGAGAUGUCACCAGCGAUGCCUCUUUUUUCAUCAAGCAAUAUUUCCAGAUCCCUCUGGCACGUCUGAGAGCAGUGCUGAGUUCAGUGGACAUGAACAUGAUGAGACUGAUUUUGCAGUACUAUAACCGGAACCAGGAGAACCUGCAGCUGACUGAGGACUAUUUGCACACCAUGGUGUCUGUGCUGCUCCAAGUCCACCUGAGACGAGACGAGACCCUGUUUUUUGACCUUGGCCCUCUCCUGAGCCUCGCAAAACCAGAGGACAUCAGCUCUCUGCCUCCCUUACAAACCAAUAUCAUUGUAUUAAACCUGAUUAACAGCACCAUCAGCAGUCUGUCACCGGAGCAGCGUCAGGCUUUCGGCUCGUGGUUCAGUCAGUCUCUCAGCACGGCGAACAUGGCAGCAGGCGGCCCGUCUUUCAUCCAGGACUGCGGUAACCUGAUCGCGUACCUGCCGUUCCGCAGCUUCCAGCACCUCUCACCUGCUCAGGUCUUAAAUGGCCUGGAUGUUCUUCUGAGGAACGAUUUGGGCGCUGUGAAGCAGCAGUUCGUAGCUCAGAGUGUCAUUGGUGUAUACAAGAACCUCACAGCAGAACAGUUCAGAAGGUUAGCCACCUUGACAUGCCAAGCUGACGUGAGUGACCUGCUAGCGUAUGUGGACACCAGUGUGUUCCCGGUGAUCCAGGAGAACAUCAGGACCUGCGUAACACAGGGCACGAGUGUUCCCAGCAACAUGAUUUCCAGUGUGCUGUUUUUAAACGGGUCCGAGCUCCAGUCUCCUGCCGCUCUCAGUCCUCAGAAGAUCUCUCAGCUCGCACCGCUCCUGCCUCUGCUGGGGUCAGAGUUUCUGCAGCAGCUCAGCCAAUCGCAGCUCGUUCCUGUCUUCAGUGCCCUCACCUCUGUUCCCUUCACACCUACACAGGCUGCUGUGAUCAUAGACAAGAUCUCAUCCAGCUUGAAUCUGUUCGAUAAAGGUACUUUACCUAAGUUAGGCUCCCUAUUGAGUGGACUGAGAGCGGAGUCUCUCUCCACACUGUCCUCGAGUGUCCUGCUUUCCGCCCUGUCCAACUUCAGCCACUACACACCUGAACUCACACCUCCACAGGUCAAUGCCAUUACUACACAACUCUGGGCUGCUCCAGCAGUGGUCACAUGGUUAGAUGAGGUGGAGCCUCUGCUCUCUGACACGCCCCUCCUGUGUGUGAUGCCUCGAGCUCGCCUUCUUCUGACCAACAGCACUGCUCUUUACACACACACCUGGAACACACAACAGGCUAAAACUCUGUUUAAUGAGGUCAUGAGCGGCGCAUCGAGUCUCACAGCGCAGCGCUUCGUGUCUUUGGGAACAGUCGCACAGGGCGUGAGCUGUAAUAUUUUGAAGAAGCUUUUCCAGAAUUCUAUAUCCGUGUCCUCCAUGCGUGACCUUCUGCAGGUCCUGAGAGAGCAGCCGGUGCCUCUUCACCCGUCACUGACAAGGUGUUUGUUUGAAGAAAUGUACAAGUCCAACUUCUUGUCAGAGCUGCUCAGUGAGAUGGGAGCUCAGAUCGCUCUGUCUAUCCCGAUGAGUACUAUUAAGAAGUUCUCCACAGUGAUGAUGGACUCUCUGAGGAGAAUGAUUGUUCAGGAUCCUCAGUACUUCCUGCUUAUGCCCAGGAUUAAACAGACCUUGCUGGUGGACAAGAUGGUGCAGAGCCUGGGCCUGAACACAGGUACGUACACUGAGGCGGAGUUUCGUUCACUGGGAAUUAUGGCGACGUUUGUGGUGGACGCAGUCUUCAUGCAGCUGGACAGGAGAUUCUUCGUGGACAACAUUGAGUUUCUACGAGGUUUCUGUUAUAACGGUAGUAAAAGAGACGUGGUGGCGUUGAUGCUGCAGGAAGACGGCACAUUCGGCCCAGUCCAAAGGUGGAACACAACAACCCUGAUUCAAAUAGACAGGUUCCUCUUCUUCCUGCCACAAGAGAUCAUCCAGCUGAUUCCUCCAGCUCUGAUGAGUUUGGAGCGUAUUGAGAGGUUGUUCAGCAGCCAGCAGCAGUGGGAGAGCAGCGACGCCGGCUCUCUGUGUGAACACGACGACGACGACGACACACUCUUAUCCAAGAAGCAGUUUGUGCUUCAGCACUUCUUAGGCUUGCUGAAGCCAGGACGUUCGUCACUCUCAGCCUCCAGCACACCUCCAUCCUGUGGGAGCGUGCAGGUGACCGGGUCGGCUGUCUGGCCCGUAGUCGUCCUCGUGAACAUGUCCUCGUCGGAUUUCCGCCAGUGCCUCGAGCUCAUCGGCCAGGAUCCGUCCUUCACCUCCGACCAGCUCUCACUGCUGCUCCGCAAAACCAAAGAGGUGUACGGAGUCGUUUCCUCUUUCACGCCGUCUGUUGUCGCUCAGCUGGGCCGCAUUGCCACGCAGCUUUCACUGGACGAACUGGCGUCACUCAACCUCUCUGAAAUUCUCUCCAUCGCACCUUUAGGAGCUAUUAGCACCUGGACCAGAAAGCAGUUAGGAGUUUUGUUCUCCACCGUGCUGAACUUCUCCAAACAAACCCCGAGCCAGCUGAAUUCCAGCUCUUUAGUGGCUCUGGGACACAUCGUUUGUGGGAUCGACGCUCCUGUCAUCAACACUCUCAAUCCUGUAGAGUUCAGCGAGGCCGUGCUGUGGCUGGGGCGUCUGAAUCUGUCGUGUUCUGAAGAUCAGCUUCAGGCCGUCGUCUCUCUGCUCAGCAGCAGUCUGGUGUUUGGACCCGUCAGCUCCUGGGGUCCGGAGGUGUUUCUCGAGAUUGGAGUGUUCGCUGCUGGAAUUCCUGACAUGGCCAUGUCCGCCCUGGUGAAGGAGCAGAUAGAAGGAAUCACUCCGCUCACCAUCUCUCUCAUUACAGCCGAAAAGUUUGCAGUGGUGUUUAAUCAGGAGCAGAUCAGCGUGUUCUCGUACGAGCAGGCCGUAGCGGUGAGCGCGGCCCAGCGUUCGGCGCUCAGCCCCGUACAGCAGACCGCUCUGUCCAUGGUGCUCAACCUGCUCGAGGACAAACCCGUGGAUUUCAGAGGCAGGUCAUUAGGAGUAACAGCUGAAGUCUGUCCUUUCUGCCAUGUCUGCAGUCUGCUGGUGUUCAUGCUGACGCUCCUCCUCAACGGCCGUGAUUGAAAACACAAGAUUCUUUAUGAAGCCUGUGCAAUAUUCUGUAUAUGAAUUCAUAACAGCACUUUAAUUUGAUCACUGUAUAAUUACUUAUUUUAAUGUAAAGGUUGCAUCAUAGGUUAGUUUUAGUCUUUAUUUAUUUAUUUAUUUAUUUAUGUGUUUAUUCUCAUAUUUAUUGCUGUGUAUGUCCACACACAAAAUUAAUAUUAUUAUUUUAUUGUUCUCUGUCUUUAUACAAAUUAUAUUCUUCUUUAUUAACCUCUUAUUUAAAUCUCUGAAGCAAGUACAGCUUGCAGAACGAGAGCUGUUUAAUUUGCAUUUGUUUUUAAAGUGAAAAUCAUCUUUUGUUACAAAUAUAAGCUACAUGAUUUGAUUCCAAGUCUUGUGUUGUGCAGCUGAGAUGCCUGUGGCUUUGACUUUUCUCUGAAUUGAAGUUAGAGUGAGGUUCAGUAAUAUGAUGUAGUGUGUGAUGUUAAAUCUGCUGAAAUAUCUGUCCAUAUUUGUGGAUAAAUCGAACUGUGAAAGCCUGAUACUGAUUCUAUCAGUGAUUUUAAUCAACUAUUCUGGUGUUUAUAUCAGUGAAUAUGGCAAGAAAUAAUUCAUAAAAUAAUUCAUCUCAGUUUCAACCAAUAUGAUUCGAAUGCAAAUAAAAUGUGACCGGACAGAUCAUUUAUUAACUUUUAUUUAACACCUUUAUGUUACUGUUUCUCGAACAAGCUAUGAGGAAUAAAUGGCAAUAUUCCACUUUUAUAAAUAAAUAAGUAAAGAAAUAAACCUGCUCAUUUUGACCUGAACAGAAGAGCACACAAGAGAAGCAUUAAAGUAGGUGUGUAACAUGGCAAAAACCUUUUAUCUUCCUGCACUGAAUUUUUUUUUAAAUUUGAUUUUAAUUUUAAUUUCUUGUGAAUGUGUACUGUUGAAAUUGUACGUAGUUUUAUGAAGGUUCAAAUGGAGAAAUAGAAAAUGUUUUUUAUGUUUUUACUUAAUACCUUUAUACUUUUUUUUAAAUCUGGUUUGUGUCAGUGUUUAAAGUUAAAACCUAGACUUCCUGGGUCACUUUAAUAGGAACACCUGUACACCUGCUCAUUUCUGCAGUUAUCGAAUCAGCCAAUCAUGUGGCAGCAGCUCAACACCGUAAAAUCCUGCAGAUAAUUUCAGCAACAGAUCUUCUGUUCACAGGUCACACUGGAUUUGAGCAGCUGAGACAGAAAAUAAUUUCUGAAAUGACCGAAUUUGAAUAGAUUGAUGUUUUUGGGGAACAGUAAAGAGACAAAAAGCACUUCUCAUGCCUACAGGUGUGUUUAGGUGCAAAUAAGACGUGCAGGUAAUAAGACGUAGAGUGAAGUCAGCUAUUUGUUUAUAAUUUUUGUGCAAAGCAGUUGGUGUUUACAGAAAGUGGUAAAACAUCAAUAAUCUGUUCUUUUCUCACUUUAAAACGAUCCAAAUAUAACCUGCGUAAUAUAAACACGACUUAUUGUCAUGUUCAAUAGAGAAAAUGAUCCAAGCACACACAGUUCCUUGUUUUAAAAAAAUGCAUAUUUACACUUUAAGUAAAAAAAAUUAAAACAACACGAGGGUUAAUAUUUAAAAUACUCUUAAAUAAUACUUGCAAUAAGUGAUAUUUUGAGCUUUGGGUUGCU